GAGCCUUAUCCGAGCCGCGGAGAAGGGGCUGGAGAAUUGGAGCGGACAUCAAUUAUACAGGACAUCUUAUUUACCGCGUUUAGUGCGUGAUAAGGCAGUAAGACUAGCUCUUCAUACCGCUGCUCCGCCGUUAAGACUCUCUAUCGAGCUUUUCCGGUCAACCGGUGAUGUAUUCCAGCAUUUGAAUGAUAUUGCUAGCCAGCUAGCUAGCUAGCUGUUGAGCUAGCUAUACGGUGCGUGACUCGGAGUAAGUCAGCGUUAAAUUCUCGGACGUUAUUUUUACUAACACAACUGACUGCAUCCACCCGAGAGACAUCCAAACAGUUGGUGGUUUUAACUUCAGUCGGUCAGUGCUGUAGGUGUCGCGCGCGUCGCUACUAUUUUAGCUAGAUAAGGAUUGAAUGAAAUAACGUUAGCUUGCCACGGUCAGCGGAAACGAGCCAGUUAACAAGGAUAACGUUAACUUAUCCUGCUCCUGGCUGAUCCACCGCCAUCCAGCUAAUCUAGCACAUGCUAUCUGAGCUAGCCACCCACAGGCACACAGUCAGCUCGGUAGGUCACCGCCAGCCGUAAAGUUGUAGGGAGCGAUCGGACCUGCGGGACAGUUAGCUCCUAUCAAACGUCAAGUUGGCCAUCUUCCGCUUAAGUCCAGUAUAAAAGGCUGACCAGCGUCAGGUCGUUUUUACGGAUAAGGCCGGAGUGAGGACAGAAACCUGCAAACAUGCCGGCUGUGUCGAAAGGAGAUGGAAUGCGCGGAUUAGCUGUUUUCAUUUCGGACAUUAGAAACUGUAAGAGCAAGGAAGCUGAGAUCAAACGGAUCAAUAAAGAGCUGGCCAACAUUCGCUCAAAGUUUAAAGGGGACAAGGCUCUGGAUGGCUACAGCAAGAAGAAGUAUGUCUGCAAGCUGCUCUUCAUCUUUCUGCUCGGCCAUGACAUUGACUUUGGCCACAUGGAGGCGGUCAACCUGCUGAGCUCCAACAAGUACACAGAGAAACAGAUAGGCUACCUGUUCAUCUCAGUGCUGGUGAACAGCAACAGCGAGCUGAUCCGCCUCAUCAACAACGCCAUCAAGAAUGACCUGUCCAGCCGUAACCCCACCUUCAUGUGCCUGGCACUUCACUGCAUCGCAAACGUAGGAAGCCGUGAGAUGGCCGAGGCCUUUGCGAGCGAGAUCCCUCGGAUCCUGGUUGCUGGCGAUACGAUGGACAGCGUGAAACAGUCAGCUGCCUUGUGUCUGCUGCGGCUCUACAAGACUUCUCCUGACUUGGUGCUGAUGGGUGAGUGGACGUCACGCGUGGUGCACCUGCUCAACGACCAACACAUGGGUGUGGUGACAGCAGCCAUCUCUCUCAUCACCUGUCUGAGCCAGAAGAAUCCAGAUGAGUUCAAGACCUGUGUUUCCCUGGCUGUUUCGCGACUCAGCAGGAUUGUGUCGUCAGCCUCCACUGACCUGCAGGAUUACACCUACUACUUCGUACCAGCACCGUGGCUCUCCUGCAAGCUGCUGCGCCUGCUGCAGUGCUACCCUCCACCAGAAGAUGGUGCUGUCAAAGGCCGCCUGGUAGAGUGUCUGGAGACCAUCCUUAACAAGGCCCAGGAGCCACCAAAGUCCAAGAAGGUCCAGCAUUCCAAUGCUAAGAAUGCCAUCUUGUUUGAGGCUAUCUCACUUAUCAUCCAUUAUGACAGUGAGCCAAACCUGCUGGUGCGAGCCUGUAACCAGCUGGGCCAGUUCCUGCAGCACAGAGAGACUAACCUUCGCUACCUGGCUCUGGAAAGCAUGUGCACCCUGGCCAGCUCUGAGUUUUCCCAUGAGGCCGUCAAGACACACAUCGAGACGGUCAUCAACGCCCUCAAGACUGAGAGGGAUGUGAGUGUUCGACAGCGGGCGGCCGAUUUGCUGUAUGCUAUGUGCGAUCGCAGCAAUGCCAAGCAGAUAGUAGCCGAGAUGCUCAGCUACCUUGAGACAGCAGACUACUCCAUCAGAGAGGAGAUGGUGCUGAAAGUGGCCAUACUCGCCGAGAAGUAUGCUGUGGAUUACUCCUGGUACGUGGACACCAUUCUCAACCUCAUCCGCAUCGCCGGCGACUACGUCAGCGAAGAGGUGUGGUAUCGUGUCAUUCAGAUCGUCAUCAACCGAGACGACGUGCAGGGCUACGCCGCCAAGACGGUCUUUGAGGCCUUGCAGGCCCCUGCCUGCCAUGAGAACAUGGUGAAGGUCGGAGGCUAUAUUUUGGGAGAGUUCGGUAACCUGAUUGCUGGGGACCCACGCUCCAGCCCCCUGGUCCAGUUCAACCUUCUCCACUCCAAGUUCCAUCUGUGCUCCGUGCCGACUCGCGCCCUGCUGCUGUCAGCCUACAUCAAGUUCAUCAACCUGUUCCCAGAGACCAAGGCCACCAUCCAAGAGGUUCUGCGCUGCGACAGCCAGAUCCGCAACUCGGACGUGGAGCUGCAGCAGCGCGCUGUUGAGUACCUCAAGCUCUCUUCCAUUGCCAGCACCGAUGUCCUGGCCACUGUCCUGGAGGAGAUGCCUCCCUUCCCGGAGAGGGAGUCGUCAAUCCUGGCUAAGCUGAAGAAGAAGAAGGGUCCUGGUGCUGUGUCUGUGACAGAGCUGGAAGACAGCAAAAGGGAGGGCGGGGAGUUGAAUGGAGGCGCCGACCGGGGGCCAGACACAGCAGCAAUGGCUGCCUCCAACGCUUCCACCCCGUCACCAUCAGCAGACCUCCUCGGGAUUCGUUCUGCUGCUCCCAUUGGUGCUGCUCCAGCCAGCGCUGGCAGCCUAUUGGUGGAUGUGUUCUCCGAGGCGGGGCCUGCCGCACCUUCUGCUGCUGUGAACGAUGAUGGCUUCCUAAGCUCUGCUCCUCCCUCUGAGGAUCCUGCUCCUCCUCUGUCUGAGGCAGACGAACUUCUUAACAAGUUUGUGUGCAAGAACAACGGGGUUCUGUUUGAGAAUCAGCUGCUACAGAUUGGCAUCAAGUCAGAGUACCGUCAGAAUCUGGGGAGAAUGUACUUAUUCUACGGUAACAAGACGUCAGUGCAGUUCGCCAGCUUCACCACCACAGUCAGCUGUCCCGGAGAGCUGCAGUCUCAGCUCAACGUGCAGACUAAACCAGUGGAGCCACUGGUGGAGGGUGGAGCCCAGAUCCAGCAGGUCCUCAACAUCGAGUGUCUGACUGACUUCUCUGAUGCCCCCCUGCUCAACAUCAAGUUCAGAUAUGGAGGAGCUCUGCAGAACCUGACCCUCAAGCUGCCCGUCACCAUCAACAAGUUCUUCCAGCCAACUGAGAUGUCCUCACAUGACUUCUUCCAGCGCUGGAAACAGCUUAGCCAGCCUCAGCAAGAAGCACAAAAGAUAUUCAAGGCCAACCACAGCAUGGACACUGAAGUACUUAAGGCUAAGCUACUUGGUCUAGGAACGGCCCUGCUGGACAAUGUCGAUCCAAACCCAGAGAACUACGUGUGUGCUGGAGUGAUCCAGACCAAGGGCCAGCAGGUUGGCUGUCUGCUAAGACUGGAGCCAAACGCCCAGGCACAGAUGUACCGUCUGACUCUGCGCUGCAGCAAGGACUCUGUGUCCAAGCGUCUCUGCGAGCUGCUAGCCCAACAGUUCUAGAGUCCAGACCUCUACCAUGACCAGUACUCCCCACCAUCCCCACCAGCGACCUCUCCCUUGAGCCCUCCUGCCACACCUCUCCUCCUCCUCCCUCCAACAAAGAAUCUUUGAGUAAAAAGAAAAAAGAAAAAAAAAGAAAAGGCGUAACCAACAUAAGGGAAAAAGCAGCCGCUGCUAGCAGCAGCAAUAUUAUUGUCAUUAUUCUUGUCCCAGAUUCUGAUUCCAGUUCAUCUUCUACUUGUUUAUUAACAUGAUGCUACGUUCUUUUUUUUUUUUUGUUGGUGUUUACCUGUGUAGCUGGUGUGUGCGUGCGUGUGUGUCACGGUUGUGCUGGGGUCUCAUUCUGCUUCCUCUGUAGUACCGAUAGUGUGUGUGUGUGUGAGAGGGAGAGGGAGAGAGAGAGAGGAAGAGAGAGAGAGAUUUCAUUUGAAUCAGUAGAACAUUCCGUGAAGUUAAAUGGGAGAAUCUGUUCAUUGCACACAUGCACUCACACACACACACACACACACACACACACACACUAGUCCAAGGUCUCUAUGACUUCUUGUGGUUCUGGUGGGAGCCACUAGUGAUCUGAGGGUCCAGCGCUCUUAUCUUCUGCUUCUGCCCACUCAUUUCCGUCAAGCAUUCCCAGUGGAAGAUGCACUUAAGGUGUUGGGAUCCACUCCAGCAUGAGCCCAGAGGCCCUGUAAAGAACAGCCCUUCAUUUCUAUGAACUAAUACACUUUGUUUGUUAUUGACGUGUAUGUAAAUAUGUGCCAGUGGAUUACUUUACUGCUUUCUGAGACAUUCCCAUCACGCUUGUUUAGAAGGCCUGUGUUUAUAUCUAACCCAGGCCCGCCCGAGGAGAAGGAUGGCACAGAGUGGACACUGUGUAGAUGGUACAGGGAAUGAGACCCGCGGUGUUUAAACAGACGCUAGAUCCGUUUGAGUCCAUCUCAUCCUCAGCCUGGGAGAUGCUCCAGGUCUUUAUCGAAGGAGAGAAAGUUUGCGAGAUGUACACUUGACUAGCCAGCCACAGGGUUCUCUUCACUGAAGUCGUUUCUCUUGUAAAACUGGAACAUUGUUUCUGAAAACACUCCUUAUCAGAGGUGGAGAACAUAACCAGACGUACAUUUGUCAAAUGAGUUUUCUCUUGUAAAACUAAAGCAUGUUGCUUGACAGUGUUUUUGCAAGAGAGAAAACUCAGUUGUUGUUUGGGAAAUACACGUCUGGUUAAGUCCUCCACCUCUGAGAAGGAGCAGUGCACAGCUGCCUCUCUAAGAUUUGAAUAGGAAGCGGUUGGGACGGUGGAGGACACAGACCCAAAUAGGAUUGACUCCAUCUUUUGAGCCUUCGUGGCUCCUGGAGGCACAGCUACUGGCUCAGGUUGCUGCACCAGUGUCCACGUGGAGUCCUGUUUGUUUUUUGUUUUUUUGGUUUGUUUUUUUUUUUUCUUUGUGAAGAAGUGCACAGCCUUAGCUGUGAUUAGAACAGAUGCACCAUAUUCACCUGGAGGACGUGACAGCUUUGUAGCCAGGCAGUGAAACUCUGUCCAGAUGCUGUAGGAGCUGAAUCUAGCACCAACACAUGUAUGACAGAGAUGACUCUGACACAUAGACAGAUCCAUACUUUGGCUUCUCCAGCCAAAGCGUCUAGAGAAGAGAUCAGUCUGAUGUGUGCACGCAACCACUGCAGUAAAUGUUUAGACAACACUGAGAUUUUCAGCAACUUUCAGAGUCUAUAGAUUGAUGCGCCCAGCUGUCGAAACUCUUCCCGGGGCUUCCUGUCACACACAAGUACUGAUGUUGUGGGAGAGGACAAGGAUGUAAGACACCCAGAUGUCCAUGACAACUACUGGGGACUCGGUGUAUGUGUGUGAAUGUGAGUGUGGCUGUAAGCAGGUAAAACAAAAAAACAAAACAAAAAAAAAAAGCCUAGAGACAUUUCUAAUACAUGGUCACAUUACAUUCUGUGGCUGCACGG